AUGUCUCGGCGCGGCGCCGAGGCACAGAGCCGCUGCGAGGCAGCGGCGGCAAGGCACGGCGGCGAAAGCACCAUCGCCGGGCAGUCUCGGGGUGGCGUGGAGGGCCACUCGAGCUCUGCCGGCGGUGCGGCCGCCGCUCACGGGCACGCGACGCGAGGAGGCGUCGCCGAGGGCGUCGACGAGGCGCUCGACGAGGCGCGGCCGCGGGCCGGGUCCUCUCGGAGCCGCGGAGGCGCCGCUGCAGGCGGCGGCGGCGAGAGCGAGGUCAGCAGGCAGAGCGGCUGUGGCGGUGAGGGCCAUGCGGGCUCUGCUGCCGGCUCGCUCGCCUCUCUCGUGGACGCGACGGCCGGGACAGCCGUCGCUGCAGCCGGCGGCACCGCGCCGCCUGACGAGCCGCGUCCGUGGACAGCGGCGAGCACCCGCUGCUGGGCGAGAGCAGCGGCUCAAGUCGGCGUCGAUGGCGCCGUCGCCGCAAAGCGUGAUCGAGAUCGCUUUGGCGGAGGCGCGAGCGACGUGGUGCACGACGAGGGGGCGGGCCUCGUCUCGGUGGGCUGCGGCGGGCCGCCUGGCAUGUCUCGGCUCGGCGCCGAGGCACAGAGCCGCUGCGAGGCAGCGGCGGCAACGCGCGGCGACGAAAGCACCAUCGCCGGGCAGUCUCGGGCUGGCGUGGAGGGCCACUCAAGCUCUGCCGGCGGUGCGGUCGCCACGAACGGGCACGCGACGCGAGGAGGCGUCGCCGAGGGCGUCGCCGAGGCGCUAGGCGAGGCGCGGCCGCGGGCCGGGACCUCUCGGAGCCGCGGAGGCGCCGCUGCAGGCGGCGGCGGCGAGAGCGAGGUCAGCAGGCAGAGCGGCUGUGGCGGUGAGGGCCAUGCGGGCUCUGCUGCCGGCUCGCUCGCCUCUCUCGAGGACGCGACGGCCGGGACAGCCGUCGCUGCAGCCGGCGGCACCGCGCCGCCUGACGAGCCGCGUCCGUGGACAGCGGCGAGCACCCGCUGCUGGGCGAGGGCAGCGGCGCAAGUUGGCGUCGAUGGCGCCGUCGCCGCAAAGCGUGAUCGAGAUCGCUUUGGCGGAGGCGCGAGCGACGCGGUGCACGACGAGGGGGCGGGCCUCGUCUCGGUGGGCGGCGGCGGGCCGCCUGGCAUGUCUCGGCUCGGCGCCGAGGCACAGAGCCGCUGCGAGGCAGCGGCGGCAACGCGCGGCGGCGGAGGCACCAUCGACGGGCAGUCUCGGGGUGGCGUGGAGGGCCACUCGAGCUCUGCCGGCGGUGCGGUCGCCACGAACGGGCACGCGACGCGAGGAGGCGUCGCCGAGGGCGUCGACGAGGCGCUCGGUGAGGCGCGGCCGCGGGCCGGGUCCUCUCGGAGCCGCGGAGGCGCCGCUGCAGGCGGCGGCGGCGAGAGCGAGGUCAGCAGGCAGAGCGGCUGUGGCGGUGAGGGCCAUGCGGGCUCUGCUGCCGGCUCGCUCGCCUCUCUCGUGGACGCGACGGCCGGGACAGCCGUCGCUGCAGCCGGCGGCACCGCGCCGCCUGACGAGCCGCGUCCGUGGACAGCGGCGAGCACCCGCUGCUGGGCGAGAGCAGCGGCGCAAGUCGGCGUCGAUGGCGCCGUCGCCGCAAGGCGUGAUCGAGAUCGCUUUGGCGGAGGCGCGAGCGACGCGGUGCACGACGAGGGGGCGGGCCUCGUCUCGGUGGGCGGCGGCGGGCCGCCUGGCAUGUCUCGGCUCGGCGCCGAGGCACAGAGCCGCUGCGAGGCAGCGGCGGCAACGCGCGGCGGCGGAGGCACCAUCGCCGGGCAGUCUCGGGGUGGCGUGGAGGGCCACUCGAGCUCUGCCGGCGGUGCGGCCGCCACGCACGGGCGCGCGACGCGAGGAGGCGUCGCCGAGGGCGUCGACGAGGCGCUAGGCGAGGCGCGGCCGCGGGCCGGGUCCUCUCGGAGCCGCGGAGGCGCCGCUGCAGGCGGCGGCGGCGAGAGCGAGGUCAGCAGGCAGAGCGGCUGUGGCGGUGAGGGCCAUGCGGGCUCUGCUGCCGGCUCGCUCGCCUCUCUCGAGGACGUGACGGCCGGGACAGCCGUCGCUGCAGCCGGCGGCACCGCGCCGCCUGACGAGCCGCGCCUGUGGACAGCGGCGAGCACCCGCUGCUGGGCGAGGGCAGCGGCUCAAGUCGGCGUCGAUGGCGCCGUCGCCGCAAGGCGUGAUCGAGAUCGCUUUGGCGGAGGCGCGAGCGACGCGGUGCACGACGAGGGGGCGGGCCUCGUCUCGGUGGGCGGCGGCGGGCCGCCUGGCAUGUCUCGGCUCGGCGCCGAGGCACAGAGCCGCUGCGAGGCAGCGGCGGCAGCGCGCGGCGGCGGAGGCACCAUCGCCGGGCAGUCUCGGGGUGGCGUGGAGGGCCACUCGAGCUCUGCCGGCGGUGCGGCCGCCACGCACGGGCACGCGACGCGAGGAGGCGUCGCCGAGGGCGUCGACGAGGCGCUAGGCGAGGCGCGGCCGCGGGCCGGGUCCUCUCGGAGCCGCGGAGGCGCCGCUGCAGGCGGCGGCGGCGAGAGCGAGGUCAGCAGGCAGAGCGGCUGUGGCGGUGAGGGCCAUGCGGGCUCUGCUGCCGGCUCGCUCGCCUCUCUCGAGGACGCGACGGCCGGGACAGCCGUCGCUGCAGCCGGCGGCACCGCGCCGCCUGACGAGCCGCGUCCGUGGACAGCGGCGAGCACCCGCUGCUGGGCGAGAGCAGCGGCGCAAGUUGGCGUCGAUGGCGCCGUCGCCGCAAAGCGUGAUCGAGAUCGCUUUGGCGGAGGCGCGAGCGACGCGGUGCACGACGAGGGGGCGGGCCUCGUCUCGGUGGGCGGUGGCGGGCCGCCCGGCAUGUCUCGGCUCGGCGCCGAGGCACAGAGCCGCUGCGAGGCAGCGGCGGCAACGCGCGGCGGCGGAGGCACCAUCGACGGGCAGUCUCGGGGUGGCGUGGAGGGCCACUCGAGCUCUGCCGGCGGUGCGGUCGCCACGAACGGGCACGCGACGCGAGGAGGCGUCGCCGAGGGCGUCGACGAGGCGCUCGACGAGGCGCAGCCGCGGGCCGGGUCCUCUCGGAGCCGCGGAGGCGCCGCUGCAGGCGGCGGCGGCGAGAGCGAGGUCAGCAGGCAGAGCGGCUGUGGCGGUGAGGGCCAUACGGGCUCUGCUGCCGGCUCGCUCGCCUCUCUCGUGGACGCGACGGCCGGGACAGCCGUCGCUGCAGCCGGCGGCACCGCGCCGCCUGACGAGCCGCGUCCGUGGACAGCGGCGAGCACCCGCUGCUGGGCGAGGGCAGCGGCUCAAGUCGGCGUCGAUGGCGCCGUCGCCGCAAAGCGUGAUCGAGAUCGCUUUGGCGGAGGCGCGAGCGACGCGGCACAGAGCCGCUGCGAGGCAGCGGCGGCAACGCGCGGCGGCGGAGGCACCAUCGCCGGGCAGUCUCGGGGUGGCGUGGAGGGCCACUCGAGCUCUGCCGGCGGUGCGGUCGCCGCUCACGGGCACGCGACGCGAGGAGGCGUCGCCGAGGGCGUCGACGAGGCGCUCGACGAGGCGCGGCCGCGGGCCGGGUCCUCUCGGAGCCGCGGAGGCGCCGCUGCAGGCGGCGGCGGCGAGAGCGAAGUCAGCAGGCAGAGCGGCUGUGGCGGUGAGGGCCAUGCGGGCUCUGCUGCCGGCUCGCUCGCCUCUCUCGAGGACGCGACGGCCGGGACAGCCGUCGCUGCAGCCGGCGGCACCGCGCCGCCUGACGAGCCGCGUCCGUGGACAGCGGCGAGCACCCGCUGCUGGGGGAGAGCAGCGGCGCAAGUUGGCGUCGAUGGCGCCGUCGCCGCAAAGCGUGAUCGAGAUCGCUUUGGCGGAGGCGCGAGCGACGCGGUGCACGACGAGGGGGCGGGCCUCGUCUCGGUGGGCGGCAGCACGCCGCCUGACAUGUCUCGGCUCGGCGCCGAGGCACAGAGCCGCUGCGAGGCAGCGGCGGCAACGCGCGGCGGCGGAGGCACCAUCGCCGGGCAGUUUCGGGGUGGCGUGGAGGGCCACUCGAGCUCUGCCGGCGGUGCGGUCGCCACGCACGGGCACGCGACGCGAGGAGGCGUCGCCGAGGGCGUCGACGAGGCGCUCGACGAGGCGCGGCCGCGGGCCGGGUCCUCUCGGAGCCGCGGAGGCGCCGCUGCAGGCGGCGGCGGCGAGAGCGAAGUCAGCAGGCAGAGCGGCUGUGGCGGUGAGGGCCAUGCGGGCUCUGCUGCCGGCUCGCUCGCCUCUCUCGAGGACGCGACGGCCGGGACAGCCGUCGCUGCAGCCGGCGGCACCGCGCCGCCUGACGAGCCGCGUCCGUGGACAGCGGCGAGCACCCGCUGCUGGGCGAGAGCAGCGGCUCAAGUCGGCGUCGAUGGCGCCGUCGCCGCAAAGCGUGAUCGAGAUCGCUUUGGCGGAGGCGCGAGCGACGCGGUGCACGACGAGGGGGCGGGCCUCGUCUCGGUGGGCUGCGGCGGGCCGCCUGGCAUGUCUCGGCUCGGCGCCGAGGCACAGAGCCGCUGCGAGGCAGCGGCGGCAACGCGCGGCGACGAAAGCACCAUCGCCGGGCAGUCUCGGGGUGGCGUGGAGGGCCACUCGAGCUCUGCCGGCGGUGCGGUCGCCACGAACGGGCACGCGACGCGAGGAGGCGUCGCCGAGGGCGUCGACGAGGCGCUCGACGAGGCGCAGCCGCGGGCCGGGUCCUCUCGGAGCCGCGGAGGCGCCGCUGCAGGCGGCGGCGGCGAGCGCGAGGUCGGCAGGCAGAGCGGCUGUGGCGGUGAGGGCCAUACGGGCUCGGCUGCCGGCUCGCUCGCCUCUCUCGAGGACGCGACGGCCGGGACAGCCGUCGCUGCAGCCGGAGGCACCGCGCCGCCUGACGAGCCGCGUCCGGGACAGCGCACGAGCACCCGCUGCUGA